GCCUCUUGUCUCAGCCGCCUGUCCGCUCUGUUGUUGAAGCCCAUCAGAAGUGCAGAGCUGCCUUGACUGUCCAGAGCGCUCUCUCUCUCUCUCUCUCUCUCUCUCUCUCUCUCUCUCUCUCUCUGGCCAGCCCACCGAGACAAACGGCCUCAGGUUCUGAAGGUUCUCCCACACACACUUUCUGGACUCGGACUUUCUUCUACUUUCAGACCGUUACUUUCCCGAAAAGCGCGUCGGCUGUUGGAGGGGAAACUCACAGUGAGCUGAAGUGGAGCCUCACCUCAUCACGCACUCUCAGCUCGUCGGCGUGGAUGCGAGGCUGUGUUUCACUCGGGCAGCAUGGACGGCUGAUUCACACACGCCGCUGACCGAACAGACUGAGAGGAGAGGAAUGGGAUAUGAUACCAGGUGAUAAGGCGGAGGAAGUCUUCAUCUUAACAAAGAACAUAGAUGAAUAUCUGCCAUGCUACAUGGGAAAGCUCUGAACUCCACCCUGCUCUUACUCCUCAUUAUAUUUGCCACUGCCUUUGGUCGCUCCUACCCUCGUUUUUCCCGCAAUGACACUGAAUUCCAGCACCUGGUGCUCCACCCCGACCCCUCUGUGGGGACGGUGUAUGUGGGGGCUAGGGACCACCUCUUCCAGCUAGAUGGAUCAGAUGGACUUCGGCUAGAGCAAGAGGAGACGACGGGUCCCGUGAGCGACAGCAAAGACUGCCUUCCCCCGGUAACUGAGCUUAACUGUCCCCAUGCCAGGAGAACCAGUAAUCACAAUAAAUUACUGCUGGUGGACCCGAAGGCGUCGGAGCUGAUCACCUGCGGCAGCAUCCACCAGGGCACCUGCCAGAAACGCAGUCUGACAUCAAUCAAGAAGGUUCUCUUCUCCACUGAGAGGCCCGUGGAUACGCAGUAUGUUGCGGCCAAUGAUCCGUCAGUGUCAACUGUGGGGCUGGUGGUUGGGCUUCGUGGCGGGGAAAGGACUGUGAUGUACGUGGGUAGAGGCUAUACUGCCAGCCACCCGCCCAUCUCCACCCGCCACCUUUCAUCAGAACCCAUUUUUUCCUAUGAGGAGACAGCUAAGCUGGCUGUGGCUGGGCGUCUGUCGGAAUACGACCAUCAUUUUGUGAUGGCCUUCACGCGGCGCUCGUAUGUGUAUUUCUUGUUUUACCGCCGUGACAUCAAGUCUGCUUCAAGGGAGUACCGGACGUAUGCUGCCAGAGUGUGCCUAGACGAUACCUCCUACUAUUCCUAUGUGGAAGUUCCUCUUGUUUGCCGAUCCCAUUCUUCUCACCACAGGACUUACAACCUGCUUCAAGCUGCCCAGGUGGGACAAGGUGCGGGCAGGGAAGGCGAGGACCUGCUGGGAGUCUUCUCCACCCGCAUCAGCUCCACAAACAAUAAUCCCUUGGAUGCCUCGGCUCUGUGUGUUUACCCACUGGAUGAGCUCGACAGACACAUCAACUCCACCCGUGACCUUUGCUACACCCAGGACGGUCAGGUGGAGGGAAGAGGAGAGGUGGCCUACAUAGAAUAUGAGGUUAAAUCCAGCUGUGCCAAUCUGCCCAUGAAUACCCUUAAUGCGUAUCCCUGUGGCUCGGACCACACCCCCAGCCCAAUGGCCAGCCGGGCGCCGCUGGAAGCUAAAGCAGCGUGGCACACCUCAGCCGCCCGACUCACUGCUGUGGCAGUCAGCGUCAGAGAGGGACACAGCAUCGCCUUCCUCGGAGACUCCAAAGGGACUCUGCACAAGGUAUAUCUGGGCCAGGACGGCCAGGUGGAGGUAUACGCAAACAUGACAAUCCAGCCCAACUCACCCAUUAACAGUGACCUUUUAUUGGACCAGAGUGGAGCACACAUCUACAUCAUGACCAAGACCACUGUAGAGAAGCGUCCGGUGGCAGAAUGUGGGGACCACCUGGACUGUCAGUCCUGUCUGUCUGCCAAAGACCCCUACUGUGGCUGGUGUGUCCUGGAGGGACGGUGUGGCCAGCGCUGGGAGUGCCAGCGAGGGUCUGUGCCUGGUCAGUGGCUGUGGAGUUUUAACCAGACUCAGCAGUGCCUCAGCAUCCAGCACCUCAGCGUCUACAACAUCAGCCGUGGGGAGAAAACUGAUAUUACAGUGUCAGUGGAGGGUCUCCCCGGUCUAGGGAAAGGAGAGGCCUACUCUUGCGUCUUCCAGGACACCGAGACUCCUGCUUUAUUCACCGACACUGGUGUGAUAUGCUCCACCCCUGAUGCCAGCAGUCUGCCCCCCAUCGGCCACGGAGAUGAGUUUGUGAUGGUGACCCUGUCACUGCGUUUCGUAAACGUGACGGUGGCUGAGACAGAAUUCACCUUUUACAACUGCAGCUUGGUUCAGCAGCUCUCUGGACGCAGACCAUGCCAAGGGUGUGUUAGCAGCCGCUGGGGGUGUAACUGGUGCAUCCACCAGCAUGUCUGCACACACAAACACAUCUGCAACCAAGGAGUCACCAUCUACAACCAAAACUUCAAACCGCCAACACCCACCAUCCCACCACCCACCAGAAAACUGACCCCUUUACCUCCUACUGUCCCGGCUGCUACUACAACAACAACAACAACAACAACAACAACGACCGCAACUAUACAGCCACCACCCACAGUGACACCUACCCCCACCACAGCAGCUGGCCCCUCAACUGUCACUACAGUGAUACCAUCCACCUCCCCUAAUGCUGAGCUCACCUCACCCCCGAUUCCGGACGCAACUUCUCCCUUUGUCAGGAUCAUCACCCAGGCCACCACAAUUCACACUGAUGUCACAACCGCUGGGGGGUUGUUUGCAGAUUUGGACAGAUGGACAGAUGCCGUUGGUGGCACUACAAGAGGUUUUUCAGAGGAUGAGAUCACUAAACCCUGGAAUGUCACUGAUGAAACUCCCAACACUACAUUACCCAGCAGCACUAGUGGCCAGGCAGACUCUGUCCUUAGAUUCUUAGAGCCAUCUGGUGAAGCGGUAGGCUCUGCCUCUGAUGUAAGCUCAACCACCUCCAGCGAAGUUACCCUGUUAACAGACCUUUCUGUCAGUGACAAUAAGGAAGCCAUUCUUCUGACCAGCUCUGAAGAAAAAGACUCACCUCUGUGGUUGAAUGAGUGGGAGAAACCAGGGGGAGAAAUUGAUGUGGACUCUGUAACAGGCUCAUCUGUUGCAGUCACCAGCAAAAAGUCAGUCGUCUAUACACAAUCACCUGAAAAGGUUAUCAACCCCACCACUGAAUCUACAGCUAACUACCAGUCAGAUUCUUCGACUGACUCUUACUUACUGGAAUGUCCGUGUGUGGAGAGAGUUCAGGAUUCCUCUCUCCUACCUGUCAAUGUGGAGAGGAAAGUCACUCUGGUGGGACAGCACCUAAACCUGUUCCAGGAUGAGAAUUUGGACUACGAGUGUGUGUUGGACAUUGAGAAUCAGUCGGUGGUGGUGGAUGCCUCCGUGGAGCCAGAUGCCAGAGAACAAUCAGUCUUCAUUAUCACCUGCAAACCCCACCAGUAUGCCUAUUCUGCCUUAUUGGAGGAAUAUGCAGCCAUGAUCAAUGUGAGAAGGAAAAACAACUUCCACAUCGACAGCGCUGAGGAUCUGUAUGUGACUCUGUUCAAUUGUUCAGUGGGCCGGUCAGACUGCAGCCGGUGUCGCACUGCAGACCCCAAGUAUGGCUGUGUUUGGUGUGGCGGUGCCGCUAGCUCUCGCUGUGUGUAUCAGGACUCCUGCACCGAUGAGGUCCAACACACCUGUCCUGCACCUGUCAUUCACUUUUUGGACCCAGUAUCUGGUCCAGUGGAGGGGGGGACCGUCGUGACCAUUUCAGGCUCCAACCUCGGCCAGAGAGCUGAAGACAUCCAAAACUCAGUCCAAGUCGCCGGGGUACCCUGCAAUGUCAUCCACAGCAGAUAUGAAGUCUCCUCAAGGAUAGUGUGUGAGACUACGAGCAGUGAAAAAGAAAAGAGCGGCCAUGCCUCAGUCAAAGUGAGGGGUGGAGGACUCGGACUGUCUGCACAGGUGUUCAGAUUCCAGGAUCCCCUACUCAGCAGCAUCUUCCCCCAAAGAGGGCCCAAGGCGGGGGGCUCGUCUCUCACCAUCAGAGGCCGGAGACUGAGGACUGGACACCCGAGUGAAGUCAGCGUCUUAAUCGGAGGAGUGUCAUGUAUGGUGCUGGACAUCCAGGAGGAUCAUAUCAGCUGUCUGACCCGAGGCAGCAACAGAACAGGGGAACACAGCAUCACUGUGCGGUUUGGUGGAGCAGAGCGACACCUUCAGGGUUUGGUGUAUCAUUACACCCCCAACCCCAAUAUCACAAUGGCUGCUCCGUCCAAAAGUUUUCUCAGGGGAGGCAGAAUCAUUCGAGUCUCUGGUCAGAACCUGGAUGUGGUCCAGGAGCCCAAAAUGAGGGUCACUCUCAGUCCCCCUGACACUCUCCCACCCAGGAGGAGAAGGAGCAUCGUCAGGAGGAAUAAAGGAGUCCUGACCAGAUACCGGGAUCAUCGGAGUCCAAUGAAGAGAUUGAGGAGGAUUGUUCCAGAGGCCGACUGCCCUGAGGGUACACUCUGUCAUGUCAAACAGUACGAGUCACGCUGCACAGUGAACAGUUCCUCCCUCAUUUUGUGUCCGACUCCUGAGGUGGGUCCAGAGGCCAGGAGGGCCAGGGUCAAAGUUCAGUUCUUGUUAGACAGCCUCCAUUUUGACUUCAGUGCAGUGGGGAAUGAAGCCUUCAGCUACGAGCCCAACCCGGAGCUCUACCCACUGAACCAGAAUGACCCCAGCAAACCGUACCACCACAAACCUGGCAGCGUCAUCUCUGUGGAGGGAGAGAACCUUGAUCUGGCCAUCUACAAGCAUGAGGUGGAGGCUCGGAUAGGGGAGGGGGUGUGUUCAGUGAAGACCCUCACCAACAGCCACUUGUACUGUGAACCACCAGACCAGCAGCCGUCAGUCGCAGCCAGCAGCAAACAGGACGGCAUGGACAGUCUGCCUGAAUUCACAGUGAAAAUGGGGAAUCUGAAUUUCUCUCUGGGCAGAGUUCAGUAUGACAGCCAGGCCCAGUCUACGUUUCCUAUGGAGGCUCAGGUGGGAGUCGGGGUGGGAGCCUCCAUAGUUGCUCUCAUUGUGCUCAUCAUAGUCCUCAUAUACAGGAGGAAGAGCAAACAGGCCAUGAGGGACUAUAAGAAGGUACAAAUCCAGCUGGAGAACCUGGAGACCAGCGUGAGAGAUCGCUGUAAGAAGGAGUUCACAGACCUGAUGACUGAGAUGAUGGACAUGUCCAGUGAUUUGGUGGGUUCAGGGAUUCCCUUCCUGGAUUACCGGGCAUAUGCAGAGCGCAUUUUCUUCCCAGGCCACCAGGACUCGCCACUGAGACGAGAUCUGGAUGUUCCUGAGAGUCGAAGGCAGACUGUGGAGCAAGGGCUGGUUCAGUUGUCCAAUCUGCUCAACAGUAAACUUUUUCUCACCAAGUUUAUUCACACUCUGGAGGUCCAGCGGACAUUCUCUCCAAGGGACCGGGCCUAUGUGGCCUCACUGUUGACUGUAGCCCUGCAUGGUAAACUGGAGUACUUCACAGACAUCCUGAAAACACUCCUCAAUGAUCUGGUGGAACAGUAUGUGGCCAAGAAUCCCAAACUGAUGCUCAGGAGAACGGAAUCAGUGGUUGAAAAGCUUUUGACAAACUGGAUGUCCAUCUGUCUGUUUACCUUUCUGAGGGAAUCAGCAGGGGAGUCGUUCUACAUGCUGUUCAGAGCAAUAAAGCACCAGGUGGACAAGGGACCUGUGGACGCUGUGACAGGAAAAGCCAAGUACACGCUGAAUGACAACCGGCUGCUGCGCGAGGACGUGGAGUACCGCACGCUGACCUUAAAUGUUGUGAUGCCAGCUGCAGCCACCAGUGGAGGCACUACUACCCAGACGGUACCUGCGAAAGUCCUCGACUGUGACACCAUCACUCAAGUGAAGGAGAAACUUGUGGAGCAAACAUGGAAGGGAACCUCCUACUCACAGAGGCCACACAUUGACUCAUUACACCUGGAAUGGCGUGCAGGUGUUGCAGGUCACCUAAUCCUGUCAGAUGAGGACCUGACGUCAGUGGUACAAGGCUCAUGGAAGCGCCUUAAUACACUGCAGCACUACAAGGUCCCUGAUGGAGCAACAGUGGCCCUCGUCCCCAGGAACACCAAGCACCACCUCCAUGACAGCCAUGAUUACAUGCCUGGAGAAAAGACCCCAAUGCUGGAUGAUGGGGAGGAGGGAGGAGUGAGGCUUUGGCAUCUGGUGAAAGCCAGUGAGGAGUCAGAGCUGCCCAAGCACAGGAGAGGCAGUGUGAGGGAGAGGGGAGGCGAGAGGGCCAAGGCCAUCCCCGAGAUCUACCUCACUCGACUGCUCUCCAUGAAGGGAACACUGCAGAAGUUUGUGGAUGAUUUAUUCACUGCCAUCCUCAGCACCAGUCGCCCUGUACCUCUGGCUGUCAAAUACUUUUUCGACUUGUUGGAUGAGCAGGCUCUGCAGCACAACAUCACUGACCCUGAGACCAUCCACAUCUGGAAGACUAACAGUUUACCCCUGCGCUUCUGGAUCAAUAUCCUGAAGAACCCACAGUUCAUCUUUGACGUGCAGACCUCUGACCACGUGGACGCUGUGCUGUCCGUCAUCGCCCAGACCUUCAUGGAUUCCUGCACCAUCGCUGACCACAAACUGGGACGGGACUCUCCCAUCAACAAGUUGCUGUAUGCCAGAGACAUCCCGCGCUACAAACAGAUGGUGGAGAGGUACUAUGCAGACAUCCGUCAGACCAUCUCCGCCAGUGACCAAGAGAUGAACUCAGCUCUAGCAGAACUCUCUCGUAAUUACACUGCUGAGGUCAACUGCCUCGUGGCUUUACAUGAGCUGUACAAGUACAUCAACAAAUACUAUGAUCAAAUUAUCACAGCCCUGGAAGAAGACCCCACAGCCCAGAAGAUGCAGCUCGGUUACAGACUCCAACAGAUUGCAGCUGCUGUAGAAAACAAAGUCACAGACCUAUGACCUCAAGGAUGCUACAGAUCUUUCCUUUAACCUUAAAGCAGAGGACAAUGAUGGAAGAAACUUCCAUCUCCUGGAGAAAAAAAGCAACGUUUUUUCUUCUUUUUUAAGGACAAAGGAAGAAUGUGACACAUACUGUGAUUUUGCUGUCAUUCCAGCAGACUGAUUUUUAGCGAAGGGAGACAUUUUUCUCCAGGAUCCCUGACACUGGCCGUGUUUUCUGUCCCGUGUCCAGGAGGGUAUAGAAAGACUCCCUUGACAUUUCCACAGGUCCUGACACUGGGAGUGAAAUGACACUGCUCUGAGGGUGAACAAAGAGAAAAUGUGAAAUGAAGCACAUCAGAAUAAAGGAACCUGCUCUGAACUGACACCUCUCACAAGGAUCUCCCAUGUUGGAUUCAAACUAAAGGGAGACAUGAUAUGAAAAGGGAUCUUUUUGUUCUUCCCUCAUAUCGCAGUGGGACUUGAAGAUUAGUUUUUUUGUUUGUUUUUGGACAAACUGCACAGAACAUUCCUGCAAGUUUACAACUAUACUUAGUAGUCUUCUGCUGAGGCAGUGAUGCUGGAUGAAGGAACACUGAACGAAGAGUAAGAGGGAACUGGUGGAUUUUUCUGUUGACAGCCGUAAACGUGAUGUCAAAAGUCUUACAUAGAGGACAAAUAAACAGAUAGCGUCACUGUCGAAGUGCUGUGGAGGCCCAGGCAAUGGCUUUUCAUGUUCAAAGGACGUUUUCGAUUCUGCUUUUAGCUUCCUUAAAUCAUUCGACCAAGUCUUACUCUGUGAAGUUUAAUUAGUUUUUACUGGACAGUUUUUGUUCUGUGGAAACAAUUUCCUGAGAUAGGAUUUCAUUUUCAUUUUUUUUAUGCUUGCCAUCACUGCAAUUUGUAGAUGCUGCCUCAUUUGAACUGAAAACCAGUGUUUUGUAAAGUUGUUGAUUUUAAAAUGAAUACUGACAGCCUGCUUUCUCCUCAUGAUGACCUACACUUAUUGUCAAUGUUCUUCUGCUUUGGCAAUGUUUCGCAAAAUGUUUAUAUCAGUUUUGUAAAAACAAAUGUUACUUUUAGAUGUAUUGCCCGAGACAAUUUGGCAGAGCCACUUAUAGCUAACACGUUAACUGAUCCGUCCUUAAGAAAACCAUGAAAGUGAAACCUUCUAUGAAACUGUAACUACAUGUAGACAAAAGCCAUAAUAGCGCUACUGUAAUGUACUAAUUCAGUGAUGAUCCCAUCACCUGUCAACGACCAAGCCCAACUUACAAGGAAAUAAAUGCACAAAUAUAUGAAUUGUGGAAAAUCUAGUGAAUUAAUUCUGCAUAAUUUAAUUUAUGUUUGGAGCCAUUUCAGGAUUUAUUUCCCUUCAGUGUGGUGUGACAGCCCUCACAGGUCAUGAAUCCUGAGACAAACAAUCUAGAAUUAAUUUACUACAUUUCAUACAGUUAGUUCUCAUAUAUAUGUGCAUUUUUUAGAUUUUUUUUAUUUUUAUUUCUUCUUCCAAGUUAUUUUUUUUUCUUAUUUUAUUUAAGUCAAGUUUGAUCUUCCAUAUUUCUGAGAUGUUUUGGCCAUUUUCAACACUUUUUUUUUUUUUGUUUUGUCACUGGAUUCACAACUUUUUUCAUUCAGCCAGGACUCCAGUGAAUUGUUAUCCCUUCCUGGUUUUCUCUUGUUCAGACUAAGGCUGCAUUCUGUUGUUAUGCUCCAACUGUACAUUUUACAAUAGCCUUGUUUCAGGCUGACGGAUAUGGAGGAAAACUGCUGCCUCCACCUGAUGGUCAGAGUGGGAUCACAGCACCUCCCUCUUCUGUCAGUGUUCAAAUCAAACAGUAAGCUUAAUGAACGAAGGUGCCCGUGUUCCCCAUCCCUCUGUAAUGCCACAUGCGAAAGUUUUUUUUUUACUAGUUUUUUCCAAUUUAAUUUAUUUUUAAUUUAUUUUAAUUCAUAUGUUGGAUAUUUUUUUCUGACAUAAAAAAUAACAGUGGAAAUAUCCCUCCCAGUCAGAUGUUGCAUCUGCGUCAUGUUUGGUUUAAAGAAAACCGAGAGCCUUUGUCAUUUUUCUACCUUUUCACGCUUCUUUUUAACCGUUGAUUUCCUCUCGAGAUAGUCGUGAGUCACUGCAAGUCAAAAUCACAUUCAGAGUUAGUUGUCUUUAAUUCUGAUGCAGUUCAACUCUCUACUUUUAUAUUUUACAUCCACUUUAGAGGCGAUAGGUGAAAUCUGAUUUUUAAUGUUGCGAGUUGAUUAUUCUGUACAUUGAAAAAAAAAAAAAAAACAUUCUUUGCCAGGGACAUUAGUGUUGCUUGUGGCUUACUUGUGAAUGCAGAGCUCCGUUCUGAUGUUUGACCAUUAUCCUGUACAUACCUUACUGCUUUUAAGUAAUCCUGACUUUAGUGUUCUCUGACUAAUUGAUAGGAUGAACCUAACAACAACUUUAAUGUGAUGCAAUAAAGUGGUCCCGGUGUUUAA